AUGGCGGCUCCAUCACCUUCAAGACUUAACUUCGAAGCAGAUGUUGUGUCGGCAGCAGUUGCAAGCAGCCGGGAUGAAGCUCCCGCCCUAUCUUCGUCAAGGGCUCUCGCCCGGUUCGAAUUCGAGUCUGGCAAAGGCAACGAGGGAACAAAGAUUUUGAUGGUCGAAUGGUCCGACGACGAGUCGAAUUCUCUGCCCAAUAUGGGGGAUUGGGAGGUAUCUUGGGAAGGCAAAACCACCGUCCUAUCAGCUAGAGAUGGAGCUGAGGGGAAGUUGCACCGACUCUACUUCUUACUUGCCCCUGAGGCGAGCAUACCGCGGAUAGUGAAGUUGUCGCAGGCAGGGAGUGGGGAGGAGAUUCAGACAAAUCCUCUGCCCGCAAUAUUUCCACCAGAGCUCGGUUUGAGUGCUACGACACAAGGUCGGAAGGGGGUACUACACACAGUUUGGGCGAAGAAGCGACUCUCGGUUCUACAAGAAGAGAUAGAGAUAGAGAUGAAGAAUGGGGAAGGGGUCGGUCUAGAAAUGGCAAUGCAGGAAAAGCAGUGGAUCGAAGACAAUUUUGGCGUUGGAGCAAAGGUCAUACCCGAUUUGCAAUACACCACGUCACCCACAACCCCCAAGACUCCAGGAAGUGGGAGGCUGUCAGAGAAGCUCAAGGGACUGAAGCUAGGAACCAGUGCGUCGGAACUGGGACCUUCAGAAGCAACCCAGCCUGGCUUUGACGACUCCCACCCGAUGUCCCCCGAUCUUGGAGAUAUUGCUGUUUCGUCAUUCUCGCAAUUUCGUGGUGGAGCUCCAAGGCUGGCGAGGAUCGUAUCGAAAGGGCAUGCCCGGAACAACAGCAGGAUCAACUCCAUCGAUGCCAUCGCUGGGGGACAAGUGGUAAAGGACGAUACAGAGACGGAGGAGGGGCUAUUUGCAGUGAAGAUGAGCCCCCGAAGCCCGGAGAUGACGAAAAGCCCGUUCAGCUUUACGUCGAAGCAUACGGCGCCGUGGGUGAAGGGUAAUGAAUGA